GAAAAGGAUUUGCGAGAAGAGAAGGGAGAGUUGUGUGUGGAAGUAAGGAGGUGGAAGGAGGAGGAAGAGAAGGAGGAAGAAAAGGAGGAGGAGGAAGAGAAGGAGGAGGGCAGGUCGCGUGCCGGCACGGUGCUACUCUCGACUGAAAGAGAGUAUACCGACGUCUCUCACGGUAAACACUAUAGAAAUCUCUCGGUAUAGUAUCGUGGUGUAAUAUACGUACACAAGUAAAGACGGAAACGUUAGAGCAACGGUUUGAGUUCCUUCGUAAAAAGUCGUAGAUACCCUUUCGUCGUCGUCAUUGUCGUCAUAGUCGUCAUAAUUAUCGUCAUCGUCAUCGUCAUCGUCGUUUUCCUCGUGGCUCACCUAUCUAUCUACCUACCUACCUACCUACCUACCUACUUACUUAACAGCCUACCCAACAACCAACCUACGGGUACAGUCUCCCCGCCCAAUCGACAAUACGGCAUAGUGAUCUCUUCUAAACAUCAUAGAGAUCUCCUCGAACAUCACACACACACACACAUAUAUAUAUAUAUAUAUAUGUAUAUAUAUGUAUACGCAUGCAUAUAAUAUACAUAAACACGUACAUAAGAUUUAAUAAGAUAUAAACUCUUUUUUUGUUUUUAUAUCGCCGUAAGUAGUUUGAAAAGUUUUUGGCUCGGCUUUGCUCGAGUACGAGAUGAUAAUCGAGACACGAUACAUUCGAAUCCAGAGCAGCGAGUAAAAUAAAGAUAAAAAGAAGAAGAGAAAUAAAAGAAAGAAAAAAAAGAAGAAGAAGAAGAAGAAGAAGAAGAAAAAGAACAGAAAAGUGAGAGAAAGAGAAAGAGAUAGUGAGAAACAGAGAGAGAGAGAGAGAGAGAGAGAGAGAGAGGGAGAGGGAGAGGGAGAGAGAGAGAGAGAGAGAGAAAGAGAAAGAAGAGAAGAGAAGAGAGAAAAGGACUUGUGGUGUGGCCGUGUGCGUCGUCGUGUAUCUCUUCUCUCUCGCGUGUUUAAACCUCUCCUGCCGUCUCGUCGUCUUCGUCGUCGUCGUCGUCGUCGUCGUCAUCGUCAUCGUCGUCGUCAUCGUCGUCGUCGUCGUUGUCGACUUACCUGCCCUCUCCACUAACGGCUGCCGCUGGGGGAUAUCGCACACGCCUCGAGAGAGGACCUGGACAACGACUACGGGCAAAGCAGCGCCGGACGGUGGUGAGCAACGUGCUCUCUCUCACUCGACGAACUCUCUCUCCUUCCUCUCGCGGUCUUCCUCUCGCGAUUCCUCUCGCGGACUGAACAGUCAGGACUCGACUGUCCUGUCGUCGAGAACGACGACACACAAUCGACGAUCGUCGCACGUGUCCAAGCCCAAACAACAAUUCCCUGACCUACCCCUCUUCCAUUCGACCAAUCGAGACGAUUUAUGUUUCGAACUUUAUUAUUACUCCUAAACAACAACAACAACAACAACAACAAGAAUAACAACAAAGACGGCAACUAGUACUAUUACUACUACUAUUAUUACUACUAUUACUACUACUACUACUACUACUACUGCUACUAUUACUACUACUACUACUACUACUACUACUACUACUACUACUACUACUACUACUACUGCUGCUGCUGCUGCUACUGCUGCUGCUGUUGCUGUUGCUGGUACCAUCAUACAAUAUUGGAUUUUUAUCGAUCAUAUUUGAUUUCGAAGAGGAACGACAAGAGGAUUCUAGUCAAGAGGGGAAAUAUAAUAUAUACGAGCUAAAUCCUCCUCAUACGACGUACAUCGAUAUACAUACAUACAUACAUACAUACAUACAUACAUAUAUAUAUAUACAUUACAUGUAUAUGUAUAUGUAUAUAUAUGUAUGUAUAUAUAUAUAUUAUUUUAAAUCAAGUGAAUAGCUCGAAAAAUAAUCCUGAAAAUCUCGAAAGAUAUAUCGCGAGUGAUCGCAUUAGGAGAGAGAGAGAGAGAGAGAGAGAAAAAGAGAGAGAGAGAGAGAGAGAGAGAGAGCGAGAGGGAGAGAGAGAAAAUAGUUCUAGUUUGACAUUAAAAACCACGUGGUCGCCGGUAUUAUUAUUAUUAUUAUUAUUAUUAUUAAUAUUAUUAUUAUUCUUAAGACCACGAGUGUUCUUCUUACUGCGCGUUUACAUUUAUCUACGGAAUCCCAAUGAUCGCCGUUAGGAUGUUUUAUCGAACGUUCUGCAUUUAAGAGAAAUUCCUUGAAAAUAUUUAUAUAAAGUAAAGGAAGAAGAAGAAGAAGAAGAAGAAGAAGAAGAAGAAGAAGAAAAAGAGGAAAAAGAAGAAGAAGAGGAAGAGGAAAAAAAGAAGAAGAAGAAGAAGAAGAAGAAGAAAAAUUACGAGGAGGAAAAGAGUGAACGAGUGUACGGAUAGUGUGCUGUUGUUUGCCAUAUAAGAGUGAUCUAUCCAUCUAUUUCUCUCUCUUUCUCUCUCCCUCUAGAUAUAUAUAUAUAUAUAUAUAUAUAUAUCUAUUUCUGUCUCUGUCUAUCUGUCUACUCAUUUUCCAUAUCUUCUCUUUUAUUUCUAUUUAUUUUAUUUGUCUAUAUACAAUCUAUCCUUCUCUCUCACAUACACACACGCAAGCACACAUACACGGUCUCUAUCAUCUAUCUAUCUUUAUCUAUAUCUAUAUCUAUCUAUCUAUCUAUCUAUCUAUCUCUUUUUCUCUUAUGACUUUUACCGCAAGCUGACGAGGUGAUAAACUCGAGGAAUCCCACGUGGAUUCCCUCCGUUUCUGGAUUCUCUCGUGCGUGUCCGAUUAAAGAAGACCGAAGAUAUAAGAAAAAAAUAAGGAAGAAGGAAGAAAUAGGAAGAAGAAGGAGAAGAAGUAAGAAGAAGAAGAAGAAGAACAAGAAAUACGACCGAGAAUUUCCUAAGGAGAUGCGAAGGACUACCCUCGGCUUCAAGGUCGUGGAAUGACGGAUAAGGUCACCCGCGAGCAGAGAGACGGAGAAAGGCCGAGGGUGACAGAAACAGUGUGAUGAGUGGAUACCUCGGUAGCAUCACCCUACCCCCGACGUUGUUGCACGACCCGAAGUAUCCUCCAGCCAUGCGGGAGAAGGACUCAAGUCCUCGAAAGAUGCCGGGCCACAUAAGCCCGAAGCAGGCGAGUAUUUAUCCAUUGAGCGUGCGAGUACCAGACGUCGAGGAAUUACCGUACGAUCUCAGUCAUGGACAUGGUCGUGGGCUAUCAAGUCCGACCUUGAACCAGCAACAACAACAACAACAACAUCAUCAUCAGCAACAUCAGCAACAACAACAACAACAACAACAGCCACAUAUGAGUCCUGCGGCAAGACCACCGCAGCCUCAUCAACAGGAUGAGCUCGAUUGUGAGCCACUCGAUUUACGUGUCGAUCAUAAAAAGGAAAGGCUCAGGGACGAGAAUCAGAAUGAGAUAGAGGUGCUCAAUCAGAACAGUUUAGGUGGUGGUCUACCUUAUCACACGGUCCUAUUUCCUCAACAUCAUGCCGUUCAUCCAUUGGUACUCGAAGCUAUGUAUAGAUCGCAUCAUCAUAAUUCAACCGUGACGGAUCUACCGAAGAUUCAAGUUAGAGCACUACCUACUAUGGUACCAUUACCACCUAAUAGAUUUUCAUCGACUACUUCUUCCACUUCCUCAUCUUCUUCCUCGCAACUCAAUGCCAGAAUACCAAGCCCGAUCGGUACUACCAAUACUACUACUAUUGCUACUACUAAUCAACAACAGCAUCAAUCUGCUCAACAAUUGAAUAACAAUCAAUCUCAAGCGCAACAACAGCAGCAGCAACAACAACAACAACAACAACAACAACAGCAACAACAAUCGCAAUCGCAACAACAGCAACAAACUACUAGCCUACCGCCUUAUUCCAUUACCGUUCAAGCCGGUCUUAAACCCAAGGACAGAUACUCGUGUAAAUUUUGUGGCAAGGUUUUCCCACGAUCGGCGAAUCUCACUAGACAUCUACGAACUCAUACAGGGGAACAACCAUACAAAUGUAAAUACUGCGAGAGGAGCUUCAGUAUUUCGAGUAAUCUUCAACGUCACGUUAGAAAUAUUCAUAAUAAAGAGAAACCGUUCAAGUGUCCCUUAUGCGAGAGAUGCUUCGGACAACAAACAAAUUUGGAUAGACAUUUGAAGAAACACGAUGCUGACGGUCCGACGAUAUUAGAUGAGGUUAGAUCUAGGUAUCACGGACAAUUACCUAGAGCCGAUGAUUCCUAUUUCGAAGAGAUACGCAGUUUUAUGGGAAAGAUAACGUCCCAAAGACAAGGUAUACCUUAUUUCCCAGGUCUAUUGAGUCAAGCUCAAGACGAUUUUAGAAGUGACAAACAACAGUUGCAAUUGGAAGAGAAGAGAGGUGACUCAUCUUAUUUCAGUGAUCGAGACAACCUUAGUUCAAGGUCGAGUAGCACAACUAGUAGACCUGAGAGUGUACAGGAAGAACAAAGAGACGUCAAUUCUCCGCCAUUAUCACCUGGAAAUAAUACCUGAAUAAUACAACUUUUAUAUUUUCCUCCUACGUGAAUCUUAUCUCAUUUUUAGGGAACAAACCUACGAAAGGGAUCGACGAUAACAAUAAACAA